CAAGUCAUAUAUGUUCAUCACCAAGUGUGUUCCAGCCUAACGACUUUACUGUCACUUAUUCCCUCAUUCAUUCAUAUACAUGGAUUAUUCUAAUUUGCGACGCCAAGCUGCAUCCAUGAAAAAGAGCCUCUUUGAUCAGGGCUACCUAGAUGAGCAAUUUUGUCAGGUGGAAGAUUUACAGGAUGAAGCUAGUCCUAAUUUUGUGGAAGAAGUUGUUACUUUGUUCUUUAAGGACUCAGGCAGGCUAAUGUCAAACAUUGAGCAAGCUCUGGAGAAGUAUCCAAGAGAUUUCAGCAGGUGGGAUGCAUAUAUGCAGCAACUAAAAGGCAGCUGCUCCAGCAUUGGUGCUUCUAGGAUGAAGAACGAGUGCAUGUCGUUUAGGGAUAGUUGUGGGCAAGGAAAUGUUGAAGGCUGCAUGAGGUCUUUCCAGAAAGUGAAGCGGGAGCAUGCUGUCCUGAGGCAGAAACUAGAAUCCUAUUUUCAGCUGCUAAGACAAGCUGGUCCGGCUGGAGCUGCCACCAGGCCUGUCAUGUAAGAACCGGAUUUUCACAUUCUGCAAGGCGCACUGCUGUCCCAUCUUCUAGGAUAUGCUGGUCCUGCUGACAGACUGUAUAAUAUGCCAGCAUAUAAACUGUAUAGCCUGUCGGUACCCUACGUCUCUAUGGCAAUAACCAAUGGGUGUGCCACAAUUAAAUACUGCGUAUGUUGAAGUAUCAAAGCAAAAUAAACAAUAUGAGAGACUGAAUGUAUUACGGUGUAAGCACAAGUAUCAAAGCAAAAUAAGACAAUACGAGAGACUGAUGUAUUACGGUGUAAGCAAUACGAUCAUGAAACAUGUGAUACUAUCAUUUACCGGGUAGUAUAGCUGCAGUGCUCUGAUAUUACGAUAUC